AUGUCGAAAAUAGAAUACAUGAAAGUUCUCCGCAAGACAGAGACGUUUCAUGCUUUAAAAGCAAUCGAUAUUCUGUCAAAGGCACCGGAUAAUCUCCUGGCGAUCCUGGCACAGCAAAAGGUGCAUUUGGGACUACUGACAGUAUUCUUGACAUUCGUUGAGUUUCCGUCUCCAGAAUUCGACGAACCCUUGAGCCAGAGCGUAGCAUCUAUUCUCGUCGUUUCAACACUUACGAACGGACUGAAGAGGCUACUAUGGAGGAAACCUGUGAUCUCUGUUCUCAUUAGCCAGGAUGAGUUGUAUGGGCUAUUUGAGGCAUUGGUCAUCCAACGUAACAGUAACCUGGGAGGGGAUCCUGCAGAGCUGUACAUAUGGAAAGCAAGGGUCAUGGACGUGGUUGACUUUGUAGUAGAGACAACGGAAACAGAUGUCAUGCCCUAUCUUCACUCGAAAGGGUGCGCCAAACUACUGUCUGACGCAUUAAGGGAAUACCUCGUUGACGGAAGCAUCGAUUCCGUACAUCGGGAGGAGGGCAUUCUCAUCUUGCGCAUAAUUGUCAAGUUGAUCAAGAAGUCGUCUUUGAUGUCUAGUGUAUUGUUGGAUGACUUUAAGGCAAACAAGAUCUACGAGAUCCUGGCGAUGCUUCUCGUCUCCCCUCCCUUUGACGAAGACAUGCUUACGUUCAAGUACACUAUCAUUUCUCUGAUCGAGGAGCUGGCAUUCAUCGACAAGGAGGCAUUGGCACCUCCAGAAGAGGGUACACCUUACCAACACCAAGAUUUCGUACUUCCUGUCGUGGGCCCUGAACAUGCUGGUGCCGUGGUGCGGAACCUGGUGGCCUGCCAAGUGUUGGUGACAGCGCUAUUAUACCCUGACAUUUCCAACAUGACGCUCUUACCCGUCGGCAACAAGGACCAGAACGCACCCCCCCAUCAGUUUCUGUUGACGGUGUUCUCCACUCUUCUGUCGAUCAUCAGAGACCAUCCCAUUAACUACUUCUUGCUGGAGAGGCUGAAUAUUCUUUCUUGCGCCAUUGAGCGUCUCGAUACCUAUCAUCCAGAACUCCAGUCGUCUGUCAUGGAGUUGUUCACAUAUGUGCUCAAGGACUUGAAUUACGUGCCUUUCCGUGAUCUUGUCAUCCUUUCAAUUCACUUCCAAGGGACGUCGUCACCAAGGACAACAGCACUUGUGUGCGAUACCGUCGCUAGUCUCCUGCAGACAUCGCAUGGAUUCAAGGACGUAUUGCGUGAAGUUGGACUCAUCGACAUGUUCUGCAACAUGCUGGAGGAACUAUCGGUCGUACUGAGAGAGACAUUCGGCAGCCCUCAGUUCAACAACCGGAUCUCAGUGUUAGAUUUCGGAAAGGCGUUCACGCCCGGCGAGUCAAAGCCGCGAAAAUACGGGAUUGAAGUGGUCCACCAUUUCAACAGCAUCAUGGCAUGUCUAGUAGAACUGCUCCGAGGCAGCAGGAGUAACAUUGCGCUCUUCCAGUCAACUUUCCGAGGCGAUCUGUUCUCGCUUUUACACUAUAACGAGACCAGGGAUGGCAUCCUAAGAAUCAUCGUCGUGCUUGUUGUUGAAAGCUAUCGAUUUUUCCUGGAGGACAGGGAGGCAUCGGCAAGUAAAUCGCCGCCAACCAAUUCCUCUGGACCACUUACUCAAAAAUCGCUGUCUGCUCCAUAUCAGCUCACCCAACUCUGUGAGAUUCUGCAGUCUCUGAACCGAUACGACUUCAAAAUGAAGAUGGCGAUCCUCAACGCUCUUAAUGAAGUGUUCUUGGAGUGCCCAGAGCUCAAGGAUGUCUUCAGAGAAGGUGGUGGAUAUGUCUCUAUUGUCUCGCUGCUGAUCCGCCUUGAGGAUGCUUACCAGACUAUCGAGAGAUUUGAGAAACUCGAUUUACCGAAGAGGAGACAACGCCGCGAUCCAAAGACAAAUGAGCGGAUCCCUACAAAGGUUGACAUGCUGGAGUUGUUCACAAAGGUAUUUUCCGUGCUCUCAGAGUCGAUGCGGGACCAUCCAGGGAACAGCAGCUACUUUGAAGAACAUAUCGGAUUCAGAUCGAUUGCGGAUGCUCUUCAGCUCACAGGAGUCUUUAGUCCCAACGGAGAUGCUGCAAGCAUGCUGGGGAUCUUGUUCGCCUUCGCCACCCAGAACGAGUCUGUAUUACACAUAUUCGACGAUCCCGAGGAGAUUGAGCAGACGCCUGAGAUGGUAGCCAAGUGGCUCAACAGCCCCAAGAUCUGCGUUCAAAAUCCUCACGUCGUUUUGGGAAUCUGGGGGAUCUGCGUGAAGUUGCAAGACCAGGAGUCGCUCGCGUUUUGCGGGAUGAUGUCACUUUUCGCGUUGUCAUGCGCAAACAGGAGGAACCAGGUUCUUAUGGGUCAGACUGCAUUGCUGGAUGAGCUUUUGAAGGCGCUUUUCGACAACCCAUCGUUGGCGAUUGAAAACAGUGGCGAUCCAUCUUUUGACGAGAACAACGUCAUGCGCGAUAUCAUGUCCCGACUUGCGAAGCGAUUGAUCGAGAUGGGCAUGUCUUCUGUUGGAUUCAGGUAUCUCAUGGAAAAGUUCAGUGCGACCAAGGAAAUUUCGUUUGGAGAGUGCUCUGGCUUGUUGGAUAUGCUGCUUCACGGCGUUACGCAUUCGCGUUGGCCCAGUUUCGUGCAGUUUGAUGGGUACAGUCGCCUAGAGUUGCGUUCAUUAGGAGCACACAAUUUCCCGCCGACAACUGGAUACACGUUCUUGGGAUGGCUAUGCAUCGAGUCGUUUGAUGAGGAGCUCCCUAUUCAGAUCCUGGAGAUUUCUGAUGAAGAUCAGCGGUGCUACCUCAGCGUGCAGAUUGAACCGGAGACGCAUAAGCUUGUUGUGAGCGUUUCGCACCAUCACUCAUUAUCGUUCAACUUUGCAUUCGAGAUCGGGCGUUGGUACCACCUCGCAAUCGUACAUUCAAAGCCCAAACUGAGCAUACCUGGUGGCUCGCUUUCGGUCUACAUCGACGGCAUUCUCGGAGACAAGAUCAAGUGUGGAUAUCUUUCCUCACCUAGCGGAGAGGUCAGGGGGUACCUAGGACGACACCAGAAGCCAAAGAUGACAGCUAGGAAGGAUGGGUUAACCCUUUCUUGGAAUCUGGGGCCAUGCUAUCUCGUAGAUGAGCCACUGGAUGUACAGAUCAUGGAUGUCCUGUACAACCUGAGCCCGCGGUACCAUGGUAACUUCCAGGAUUCACUUGGCAAGUUCCAGACAUACGAGACCUCAACCGCAUUGAACAUCAAUUUGGAGGCAGCUCGACGCCGAUCAUCACCCAAUAGCCGUAGUCACGAGGAGCAGGUCGCGCUUAUGAACGCUAUUCGCGGUACAAUUGGAAACAGCAUUCCAGAAGACAAGCUGGUGUUUGCAUUCUCAGGCAGGAAUCUGCUGGAUACUACAGACACAAGGACUGUUGGGCAACUCGCCGGGAUUCAGCAGAAAGAUCAGUUCUGCAGGAUUUUGUUCAAUUCUGCAAUCCCCAGGAUUCACCGUGGCAUCAAUCCACUCUCAGCGAUUGGGAUCCUUGUCGGUAACCCUCUGGUUGCUGCUCCACGCGGACUGGAUGAUUCGAUCUGGAAAGUUGGCGGAUGCGUCGUCGCUCUGCGAAUUGUCGAGAGUGCAAAGGAUACGGCUACGCUGGAGAAAGCAGUUCUGUUGCUGGAUCAAUUGAUCAGAUGCAGCUGGAGGAAUUCCGAGGACAUGGAACGCAUCUUUGGUUAUGAGAUCCUCGGGUAUAUCCUAAAGCAAAAGAAGACGCUGUUCUCGAUUGAAAUGAUGAACACUCUGCUGAGUGUUGUGGGCAUGGAUCUCGAAUACCCAGAUGAUUCUGUGAUCACGAAUUCGUUUGCGUUCAGACAUUUGAUGCUGGACAUGGAUAUUUGGAAGAAGACAGACAUCGAGAUCCAACUGCUUCAUCUUGAGCAAUUCAAGAUCUUUUUGCAGCAUAGCCACAAGUCCUCCUUGAACGUUAAACGCCUCAGCACCAUGCAUGUUGUCAAAAAGAUGUUGGCUCCUUUGCGAACUGGAAAAUACCCUGCCGUCCAGCUUCCGAGCUAUGUUGAUGCGAUGAAAACGGUCGUUUUCAAUCAAUUCUCGACGGAGACAGUGCGCAACUUAGCGACAUUCCUGGUAUCGACUUUAAAGCAGACCAACCUGAACCGUUCAACGUCGGUGUCAUCCCAUCGACGAGCGGAUUCGGGUGCGGACGAUCUGGAGAACGCAAAGGCAUCGUUAAAUGUUAAGAUUGUGCUGGACCCUCGAGAAACACCCAUUUCUUCGACUCUCAAGCACGCUGCCAUGGGCAAUGCUAUCAUGGAGAUGCUGGAGCAAAUUUUGUGCGAGCGAGGCAAUGUCGACUAUGUGCAAAAGUUUGCGACAACAAUCACCAACAAAUGGACAUUGCUAUUUAUCGAGAAUCACGGCAAUCCUUAUGGUGCGAUCCUUGCCACGAGGAUCCUGGCUCGACUCUUGUAUACUCAGGGCCCGGCUUAUUUAGCAAAGUUCAAGGCAUCAUACGGAUUCUUAGUUCUUCAGUCGUAUAUCCCACAGUUCUGGAAUUUUGUGCCGAUGAUCCAUGUAGUGCUCUGUAUCCUGCUCGGCGUGGAUGUCUGUGAAGUCCCCUUGCGCACUCCAUUGGACAAUGAAACGCUUCACAGCCUAUAUGGCGAGUCGAUUGAGGCCACUGGUCGAGUUGCCUGCCUCGAUAUCUUGCCCACGCUGAUGACCAUGCUCAAGAAUGGAGUUGCCACUGCGGUGACACCUGCAAACAGCAAAUCUGGAACGCAUCAGGAUCGAGCUGCACGCAUUGUGGAGACGUACCAGACGUUGAUCGAAUUCUUUAUCGAGAUGCAGAUGAGCUCGAGAAUCUUCAGGGAAACUUUUGUUCGCCAGGAUUUCAUCGACGAUAUGGCCAGCAUCAUGUUCCCAUUCAUCUGCCACAGCUCCAAGGCAAUGGUCGUCGAAUCAGAGCUGGAUUAUAUUGCGUCUGAACCAGGACAGCAUACAAGCGAGUCAUCCGGUACGACUGGUAUAGCAAUCGAUGCAGAGCUAGGAUCGACAAAACCAGCCUCAGGACGCAGCUCACAGUAUUCGUCUGUGUCAUCUUACAUCGCAUCAGAGGCGAAGACCGUCGACACUGACUCGGUACAAGAGUCAGAAAUAACGCCUCUGACAAGCACACGGUCGGAAUCACCGCCUGCCAUAGCCUCAGCCUCCAUAGUCUCCAUGCCAGCGUCUGCAACACUAGCAACAUCCAGUCUAUCUUUGACAGCAGCUCAGACAACCUCUUUGCAGGUAUCCCAGACGUUCUCGGAGGGAUCGUUCAGGAGAGCAUCCUCGAAUGCCAAUAUUGGCCGUGUUCGCGAUGUGGAUCUGAAGAUUGUGCAGGAGCCCAUUGCUUUGUCGUUGCUGAAGCUUUUCGUUGUCGUCUGCAUCGACUCUAUCCUGGACCCGUCUCAACGACCGCUGGCGGUCAUUGACUUCGUUAUGCAGUCCUGCCCACCAGCUUACAAAGAUCACCAGAUCUAUUUCCAGAGUUUCCUCCUGGGACAUGUUGUUAUCGGGCUGGAGCAGAAUAUUGAGGCGCAACCGGAGGUACUGGCGGACAGUCGCGUCAUGGCUAACGUCGACCAUUUCUGUGAACUGAUUGUGGAUCUCACCUGUCAAGGCUGGUUCGUGGGCUCCUACCUCAUCCAAUUCGACCUUAUUGCAAAUGUGCUGGAGACGAUCUCACACGAUAUCUCCACCCCAGUUUCGUCCGGACCACCCGCCUCUGCCUCUCGACCAGAUGCAAUUCGAACACAUCUGACAUCGCUACUGUAUCGCCUCGUCUGCUUCACAUUGGGACAGUGUCAGGCUGGAGUUGAGAUUCAAACAUCCAAACUGGAAGCACUUUUGGAUAAGUGUAUCUAUUUCCAGAAGAUCCUACUGAGCCAUAGCCCAGGCGAUGUCGAGUUUAUGAAGUGCUUGAUUUUGCAUCUGUUCUCGUUCCUACCUGAGGCCGACGCCAAAACGCGAGCUAACAUGAUGAUUUUGAUCAAGUUGGUCUUCUUGAUGAGACCGAUCGAGGCAUCUGGGCUGUUGAAGCUGAAGCCUACCCACCCGAGCGACGAUGAGGAUUCGGUGGACGAAGGAUUCAGCGCCUUGGUCGAGGGAAAUUAUGGCGAGUUUGUCAAGUGGCGAGAUGCGCAUACAUUGGAGCUUGAGAUGAUAUUUGCAGAAUUUCGUAGGUCCUGGGAUACCAUGAUGUCUAUCGAGUCCAGGACCGGCGAGGAUUCUCAGCGUCAAAAGUACAACCGCAGGACACAAAAGCUGAAGCGACUUUUCCGCCGACAGCACCUGGAGCGAGAUAUUCUGCAACAAUACCGACUCAAGACUCAAGGCUGGACACGGAGCAUUCAGGAGAUGGAAGAGGUCCGUUAUGCGAAGUCACAGCAGGACCUGGACGAUCACGUCCGUUUCGUCAAGAAUGAGUGGAAGAACCUUGUGCGGGAUGUAUGCCGCAAGGGAGCUAUCUGGGAGGACAAGGAUUCGUUGACGAGCAAGACCCCAACCCGCUGGCGACUCGAUUUUACAGAGGCCCGCUCCAGGAUGCGGAGGAAAUUACGCGUGGAUGACCGAAAGUCGGACGAACCUUAUCUUCCGAAGCAAGGUGGAUCCUCGGCUUCGAUGGAUGUCAAGAUCUCUAACCUGAGUAUUCCAAAGAGCGUCAAGUCCAGCCCUAUCCCUGCACAGGCCGCUCCCAAGAGCAGGAUUGAGAAGUUGAAGGAGGCGGACGUGGCCUCCGUUGCAUCUCUUGACAAGAGCCAGGAUGUCAAGAGCGACAAGGACAGCAUGAGUGAUAAUACCAGCACUCAUCAAGAUGAGGCAUCGACCACGGGUUCCGAGAACGCUGCCGAAAAUGACGAGGACGUGGCUGAAAACGAGAACGACGGGAAUGCACCUGAAUCUGCAGAUGUUGAUCAGGACCGUGAUGCGGAGCCAGCAUUUGAGGAAGCUGCGAACCGCAAGAUCCUACGACUGCUCGAAGCUGGGGAUGUUGUAUACGAGGUCUAUAACAUGAGUCGCGUCACUGGUCUGGAUGCUGUGGAGGGCUUGCUCCUGCUCUGCAAACACAACAUGUAUCUCAUCGACAAUUACUUCCAGAAGAUGGAUGGCGAAGUGGUAGACAUCAGGGAAGUUGCUGACUCGGAACGUGAUCAGUAUCUGCAGCUCCUCGCGUCGAAUACACCUUCCCAACAACCGUUGUCAGAUUCAUCCGAGGUCCGUCACCAGUGCAGGAAAUGGCGAUUCGAGGAUAUUAAGGAGGUCCACCGUCGCCGAUACCUGCUGAGAAACGUAGCACUUGAGCUCUUCUUUGUAGAUGGACGAAAUUAUUUGAUCAACCUGAACUUGCAACAGCGCGACCUUGUCUACAAUCAACUCGCAAGCCGUGUGGGGUCUCUAGCGACCAACAGUCUCCAGAUGGGAGAGCGUUCAGCCAUGGUGGAGCCUAACAGCAAUAAUAACCAGGCACAGACAUCGCUCGGAUCCAAGCUCGCCAACAUCUUUGCGCCAUCUUCGAUCGCCGACAUCACUGCCAAGUGGGAGAAGCACGAGAUUUCGAACUUCCAGUACCUGAUGCACCUUAAUACGAUGGCAGGAAGGACCUAUAAUGACUUAACGCAAUACCCUGUCUUCCCCUGGAUCCUAGCUGACUACACCAGCGAAGAGCUCGACCUGACCAACCCAAAGACCUUCCGAGACCUGUCACGGCCCAUGGGUGCUCAGACGCCGGACCGCGAGAAAGACUUUAAUGAUCGCUAUCAUACUUGGGACGGAGGCGAUGAUCGUACGCCACCAUUCCAUUACGGAACCCACUAUUCAUCAGCUAUGAUUGUUUGCUCGUACCUGAUCCGUCUGGAGCCCUUCACUCAAGAGUACUUGAAGCUCCAGGGUGGACAAUUUGAUCAUGCAGACCGAUUGUUCCAUUCGAUUGGCAAGUCUUGGACUUCGGCCUCUCAGAAGACCAUGUCGGAUGUCCGCGAGCUGAUCCCAGAAUUCUUUUACCUGCCCGAGUUCUUGAUGAACACCAAUGGAUUCAACUUUGGGUCACUUCAGACGACGGGUGAACAGAUUGACCAUGUCAAGCUGCCACCGUGGGCUAAGGACGAUCCCAAGAUCUUUAUUGAGAAGCAUCGCGAGGCGCUGGAGUGCGACUAUGUCUCUGCACAUCUGCACGAGUGGAUCGACUUGAUCUUCGGAUACAAGCAGCAGGGACCGGAAUCAGUUCGGGCUGUGAACGUAUUCCAUCAUAUGUCGUACGAGGGCGCGAUCGAUCUGGAUACGAUCGAUGACCAUAUUCAAAAGUCUGCGACCAUUGGUAUCAUUCACAACUUUGGGCAGACGCCUCGACAGCUGUUCAAGAAGCCUCAUGGACCGCGCUUGCCUCCGAACCGCGAUCCUCUGGGCCCUAAUUACUAUAAUUUGGCAAGGCACGCCGAGUACUUGACCCAGUCCGUGGUUCCAGUCAAAGAUAUUGGUCUGCCCGUGGGGGAGAUCAUAUAUCAGGGAGACAAGGCGUUCGUUGGCCAUAGCCAGCGUGCAUAUGAGCCUUUUGCAUGCAGCAAGUAUGUGGAAUGGGGAUUUUCCGAUAACUCUGUGCGCCUCUUCUUGACGGAGACUGGCAAAGUGCUGGGGAUUUUUGAGAAUCUGCAUCUGGAGGCGAUCACCUGUGUGAAGUGGGCGGAUGACCGGACGAUUGUCACGACGUCUCGGGACACUGUGGUGUGUAUUUGGCGCAUUGUGCAGUCGCGAUCGUACGAGCUCAAGCUGAUGAAGUGUCUGCGUGGACACCGGGAGACGGUUCAUACUGUGGCGAUCUCUGUGGCCUACUCGAUCAUUGUAUCGGGAUCGGAGGAUAAGUCUUGUAUCGUGUGGGAUCUCAACCGACUAGAAUAUGUCCGCCAGUUAGGCAAGCAUGAGGAUGGAGUGCGAGUGGUGGCCAUCAACGAUGCGACAGGUGAUAUUGCAACGUGUUCAGGGCCAGUCCUUAGGCUUUGGACCGUCAAUGGAGACUUGAUCCUGCAGAAGUACACGACCCAAAUUGGCGACCCGAUCCUGGACUGUGUGUUUUACGCUGGAAGGACAGGAGAGUGGGUUCCGCAGGAGCUUAUUUUCACCAGUCAUCGACGCGGAACGAUCAAGGUGUGGGAAAAGGCAGUUGUUGAUGCGGAGCACCAGCGCAAUUCGUUCCAGCAGGGCAAGGGAGGGGAUACGUCAACCAGCUCGCUCAGAGCUCUUUGGAUUCGACAAUCAUACCUUCGUCAGGGUCUCAGCACUACUGGGGCGACAUCGCCCUCUGUGGAAGAUGAGUCGUCUUCCGGAGCAAGGUCUCGGCAGUCUUCUCAGGCAUCGCGUGUCACCAAGUGGGCGCUGAGGUUGCGACAGGCAUAUAAAUAUGAGGAUCGUUUGAGGAUCGAUGGAGGCACUAUUCCCAACAUUGUCUCGCUCUAUGUGUCCAGUGCAAGACGAGCGCUGUAUACAGGCGACUCUCUCGGUCGAGUAUUCGUAUGGGUGCUCCCGGAUGGAAGUGGCUGCGGUCAUUGGAUGCAACCAGGUCGUGAUACCGUGUGUGUGAACUGUCAGACGCGGUUCCCGUUGCUGGAGCGAAAGUUCAACUGCAAGACAUGCGGAGGCGUUUUUUGUGGUACCUGUACAUUUGUCCCGAUCUCUGGGUUUGCAGAGAAACAGGCGCGGUUUUGCUUCAAGUGUUCUAGUGGCAAACUGAAGGAGCUCAUGGGCUGAGCGGGCCUAGUACAAAGGGGGGACUGAAAAUCAGCACUAGAAAGUUUUUUUUUUUAUUAUAUAUUAUUAUAACAAUAAA